UAUAAUUUUAAUUAAUUCAAAAACAAUAGCCUCCUAAAAUUAUCUCUCCCUUUUCAAGUUCUCAAAAAUCAAACAAUACCUCAGGGUAACGGGCAUGGAAGGUCCACGAUAUCACACAAUUUCCCCCUUUUCCAACAUGAAUACACAUACAAAUCAAUAAAUAGACCUCCAAAAUUAACCCCAAAAAUUUAGUAAUGAACAAAAAUGGAUCACUACAAAGUAUUAGGGUUAACAAAAAGCGCAAGCAAGGAAGAAAUCAAACAAGCAUUUCGCAAAUUAGCAAUGGAAUUUCACCCAGACAAACACGCACAUUCUUCCAAUCAGUUAAAGGAAAACGCUACGUUCAAAUUCAAGCAAGUUUCUGAAGCGUAUGAGAUUCUAAUUGACGAUCGAAAGCGAGCUGAUUAUAAUAUUAAGUGUAAUAAUAGUGAGUAUUGUAAUCAGCGGAGUAAAUAUUAUUAUCAGAAUGGAUAUAGGGAUACUUAUGGUUAUGGCUAUGGGUAUAGUCGAGGUGGUGGUGGUUCUGCUAGUAUUGUUAAUAAAUUUGAGAUGGUACUAAGGUUCAUGACGACGAGGGCGUUUCUACUCAAUGCUGCACUUGCUGGUGUAUUGUUAGGUGCAACAUAUGUAAUUGAUGCAGGUGGGGAGGCACUAUGGAAGAUGCAAAAUUCUGGAAAAUCGUUUGAAGAAGCAAUGGAGUCUGUAGAAAAAGCUAAAGCAUUUGAUGACAAACGAUGAAAGGGGGUUCUGCUGUAUAGUUGUCUAUUUUUGUCGAUGGGUUCGAAAUUGCUUAUGGAAACCCUGCAUCAUACAACUUCUGAAACAGAAAUAAAUUACUGCAAUUUGCAAAUGGCUGAGCUGAGGUCUGCCAUUGCUGUCAAAAUUGCACGUUUUUUUAAUAUGGAAACGGAGAGGGAGAUAAAUUUGUAAGAGGGUUUUGCAGCGACGCAUCCUUGUAUAUAAGAAAGAAACUGUUUUGUGUUGUGGUAUUGCUGAUCUCGUAUUCAUCAUUAUAACCAAAUAGAAAUGUGUGUAGAUGUAGGUAUGUUGAGUCUUUAGGGGUUGUUUUGUUGGUAAAUAAGAGAUUACAGUCAUGGUAUCUUCUACUUUGUCCUCUGUUACAUGUUGCUUAGUAGGUUGUCCAUUUUGUUUCCA